CACCAUAGGGGAAGCUGAGGCUGCCCUGCGGCUCCUGGCUCAGCCACACAUGCGGCUGCCUCUGCUCCAGCUGGGAUGUGGCUCUUCCUCUCUCUGCUCUGCACAGCCGGCCUGGCUCCCCUGGCAGCCUUCAACGUGGAUGUGUCCUGGACCUGGCUCACACCCAAGGGAGCACCUUUUGUACUCAGCGCCCUUCUGCACCAAGACCCCAACAACAACCAGACCUGGCUCCUGGUCACCAGCCCGAAAAUCAACAGGACUUCAUGGCCCCUGCACCAGUGCUCGGUCAUUCACAAUGAAAUCCAGUGCCACCCAAUGGAGCACAUUUCCAUGCCCAAGGGGACGCCCCAGCAAGUGACAGUGGUCAGGAACCACCAUGGCGUCUUGAUAUGCAUCCAAGUGCAGUCCAGAAAGUCUCGAAGCCUCAGCUCAGAGCUCACAGGCAAUUGCAGCUUGCUGACUCCUACCCUGCAUCCCCGGGCCCAGGCCUACUUCCUGGACCUUGAAAAUCAACUGGACCCAGCAGUGCAUGUGGACGUUGGAGAUUGCCAUCCAAAUGAAGAAGGCAGUGUAUGGAAGAAUGGGAGCCCAGCCAGGCAUCGCCGGGCGCUGCAGCAGGCAGAGGAGGAGGAAGAAGAAGAGGAAGAAGCUGGCACCGAGAUUGCCAUCGUCCUGGAUGGUUCGGGAAGCAUUGACCCUCCAGACUUCCAGAGAGCCAAAGACUUCAUCUCCAACAUGAUGAGGAGCUUCUCUAAGUGUUUCGAGUGCAACUUCGCCCUGGUGCAGUAUGGGUUUGACAUCCAGACUGAGUUUGACCUUCGGGACAGCCAGGAUAUAAUAGCCUCCCUUGCCAGGGUCCAGAACAUCACUCAAGUGAAGAAAGUCACUAAGACUGCCUCAGCCAUUCAGCAUGUCCUGGACAACAUCUUCACACCGAGCCGUGGCUCCAGAAAAAAGGCUUCCAAGGUCAUCGUGGUGCUCACUGAUGGGGAGACGUUCGAGGACCCCCUCAACCUCACCGAUGUCAUCAACUCGCCCCAGAUGCAGGACAUCGAGCGCUUCGCCAUUGGGGUGGGAAGUGCAUUUGACAAGCCCAAGACUGAACUGGAGCUGAAGCUGAUUGCCUCGGAGCCCGAUGAGACGCAUGCCUUCAAGGUAACCAACUACUCGGCGCUCGACGGGCUGCUGAGCAGACUGCAACAGAGCAUCAUCCACACGGAAGGAGCAGCUGGAGAGGCCCUUCACUUCCAGCUGGCACAGAUCGGCUUUAGCGCCCAGAUCCUGGAUGAGGAGCAGGUGCUGCUGGGUGCAGUUGGGGCCUUCAACUGGUCCGGGGGAGCUCUGAUCUACAACAUGCGCAGCCGCCAGGGCCGCUUCCUGAACCAGACGGCAGUGGACCCUGAGGAUGCUCAGUACAGCUACCUUGGGUACUCGGUGGCCGUGCUGCACAAGGCCUGUGGCCGUAUCUACGUGUCGGGUGCUCCGCGGCACAGGCAGCGUGGCGCAGUGUUUGAGCUCCGGAAGGAUGCCUUCGCACAGGUGCUGGAAGGAGAGCAGAUGGGAUCGUAUUUCGGCUCAGCGCUGUGCCCAGUGGACAUCGACAUGGACGGGACCACAGACUUGCUGCUGGUGGCUGCUCCGUUUUAUCACGUUCGCACAGAGGAAGGCAGAGUCUACGUGUACCGUCUGGGCAAGCAGGAUGGGUCCUUCUCCCUGACACAUACGCUGAGCGGAUAUCCGGGGCCCACUGAUGCCCGCUUCGGCUUUGCUAUGGCAGCCGUGGGCGAUCUCAAUCAGGAUAAGCUCACAGACGUGGCCAUCGGGGCCCCCCUGGAGGGUAUUGGGACCGACAGCACAGCCGGCUUCGGCAGCGUGUACAUCUACAAUGGACGGCGGGACGGCCUCUCUACCAGCCCCUCACAGUGUAUCAAGGCCUCCACAAUCAACCAGAAACUGGAUUACUUUGGCAUGUCUGUGGCCGGUGGCUUAGAUUUCAAUAAUGAUGGCCUCGUGGACAUCACCGUGGGCACGCUGGGCCGGGCAGCUGUCCUCUGCUCACGGCACGUGACUCGUCUGAAAGUGAAUAUGACCUUCACCCCUAGCGCCCUGCCCAUCGGCUUCAAUGGGAGCGUGCGUGUGGAUUUGUGUUUUGAAAGCAGCCCAUGUGCAUUUGCAGGCCUUGGAGGGAUGACCUUGAACUUCGAACUGGAUGUGGACAUGCUGCAAUCCAGGAAAAGGUUGCAGUGCUCAGGCAUGAGAGCCUGCUCGGGUCACAUAGAGUGGAAUGCAGGGUCCUCUCCCUGCAAGACCCUGAUGCUUGCCCCUGCUAACAAACAGCCCUGCGAGGAUGACUGCUUUUCCAACAUCACCAUCAAGGUCAGCUACAAACUUCAGAGUCACGGGGGACAGACGGGCCAGACCCACCCCAUCCUGGACCACUACACGGAGCCCUUCGCCAUCUUCCAGCUGCCCUACGAGAAGGACUGCAAGAACAAGCUGUUCUGUGUGGCCGAACUGGGGGUGACCUCCACCAUCUCUGCGCAGGAGCUGGUGGUGGGUCUCACAAGGGAGCUGACCAUGAACAUUAGUCUCAGCAACACCGGGGAAGAUUCCUUCAUGACCAGCUUGACUUUGAGUUACCCCAGAAACUUACACUUUAAGAGGAUGCAAAAGCCACCCUCUCCAGACAUCCAGUGCGAUGACCCUAAGCCGGUCGCUUCCGUGUUGAUCAUGAAGUGCAGGGUCGGUCACCCGAUACUCAGGAGGUUUUCUACAAACAUCUCAGUAACCUGGCAGCUCGAGGAGAACGCCUUUCCAAACAGCACAGCGGACCUCACUGUGACCCUGAGCAAUUCCAAUGAACUAAGAUCUUCAGCCAGACAUAGCCACAAACUUCAGUUCAAGCACGCCUUCGUCGCGGUUCUUCCCAAGCCGUCAGUGACCUACGUGAACACAAGCAGGGGGCUUUCUGAGCACAAGGAGUUCCUCUUCAAUAUCCAUGGAGAAAAUCCCUUUGGAGCAGAGUUUCAGUUGCAGAUUUGUAUCCCAGUCAUAUUACAAGGUCUCCGCAUUGUAACAGUGAAGAACCUGAACAUGACGCAGGCGUCCACUGAGUGCGAUCUGUCUACUAAGGAAGCUUGUUUGAACGAGCGGUUUCGGCACGUGCAAGAAUGGUAUUCCAGGAGCUGCAACGUCUCCUCGGCCCGAGAAAAUGUGACCGUGACUGCAGAGAUCGCCCUGGAGCCGGCUAAGCAGUUCAGAGAUAUCACUGAACUGCAGCUCGUGGGGACGAUAAUCUUCGACAGCACUCUCUACGAGGGGCUGAAUGCAGAGAACCACAGGACCCAGAUCACCGUCAUCUUCCUGCGGGAGGCGGCCCCGCCCUCCUGGGCGCUCAUCAUCGGGAGCAGCGUGGGCGGCCUGCUGCUCCUGCUGCUCAUCGUGGUCCUCCUCUUCCAGUGUGGCUUUUUUAAAAGGAAAUACCAGCAGCUGAACCUGGAGAGCAUGAGAAAGGUCCAGCUGACGCCUGAGAAUCUGCUCCCCAAGGAUGGUUAACCAGCGGCCGCCGGGGGCGCGGAGGCAGCGGCCCUGAGCUCACGCACACUGGAGUCUGGCCACGCGCUUCCUUUGGGGUGACCUACGUCUGUGGCCUGUGGUCUGAGCAGCCAUCGCCGUGCAGGUGUCAGAAGAAAAGCCCGCGCAGUCUUGGACGUUAAAUAAAGUGCAGUUUUCUCUACAGGGGCACCUUUAAUAGCACAUGUGUUCUUUGUGAUUGGCAGUGAACGCUGACAUUUGUUCGGGCAAAUUUUUGUUCUCGCCUUUGAAAAGUUCUCAAUUGAGUCCUUCUCAUUAUUCUCCCAGAUUUCCAGGAGAAGCCCCGCAGGUUUGACUGACCGAAGGUCAAGUACAGGCAGGGCUAUUGUCCCAGAGUCUUCCUCCUGCUCAGAAACAGGAUGCCUCUCCACUUGAUGAGUUUUUAUGUAU